AUGCCAGACGGAAAGGCUCCACACUUCCCACAACAACCAGUGGCCCGUCAAAAUGAAUAUGGAUCGUUGGAGCUUGAGUGCUUUGUCGACGCCAACCCAACCCCGCAAGUGAAGUGGUAUCACGACAACAAAGAGGUUGCAAACUCUGGCCGGUUCUGUGUCAACCUUUUAAUCACUGGAAACGACAGCUACGCGGUCAUUCUCUCCAUCAAGAACCUCGUCGACGCUGACGCCGGAGCAUACAGAUGUGCCAUUGUCAACCCACACGGAAGGGGAAAUGCCAACUUCACUGUUGAGCUUACAGGAUUCUCGUCGCCAAUUUUCGUUGAGAAGCCACACAUCUCCUCCAGAGAUGACGGACAGGUCAUGGUCAUGGAGUUCCGCACCAAGUCCAUUCUUGAGCCAACUUUUGUGUGGCAGAAGCUUGUGGAAGGAGGAGAUGAGGAAAUCGUUGUCAACUCUGACCGCAUCAAGGCUGUGAACAAGCUUGAAGCCAGAAACGUCUACUAUUCGGCUCUAGAAAUACAGGAGCCAACCAGAGACAAGGACGCGGGACAAUACAUUUGUACAGUCGAGAACAAGUCUGGAAAGCUCACGGCGACCGUCAUUGUCCUUUUCGAGCUGCCAGAAAGACCUCCAUCGUUCACCAGACAACCACAGAUCCUGCAACAAACCUCUUCCAGAGGUGAGCCAGCCAUCUGCUUUGACGUUGGAUAUUCGGCAGGAAUGAACACACAAGUCACCUGGAUCUCGCCAAAGUCCAAGAAGAUAAAGGAAACCUCCCGUAUCAAGUUCAAGACCAACGAUGAAGGAAAUGGCAACUUCACCGCUCAAUUGGAGCUUACGAACUACACGGUUGAGGAUUCGGGUACCUAUACCUGCAACAUCAAAAACGACGCUGGAGAAAUCAACGUUGAGCUAACAUUGGACAUCGAGGAAACACUCGAUGAUGACGCCGAUGACAGCGAGAACUAA